GAGGCCCUGUAUUCAGACCUUGAGGGCAACAAUGGCCUUCCAGACCAUGCCUUGACCGGCUCGGCCAUGUUGCGUCGUUGUCGCCGCCGCUGGCUGUUGCCUUUGGCCGUCGCCAUCGCUGGCUUGGGCAGCUGUAGCUUUGUGUCUGGGUGUCCCAACCGCCGGCGUGACGCGCCGUGCGGGAUUUUCAGGCGUGCGGUGAAGGACCCAUGGAGCGUCCUGGAGUUGGAGCGCGGUGCCUCCAGGGAUGAAGUGAAGCGGGCCUUCCGAGAGAAGAUCCGCAGGGCGCACCCCGACGCUGGCGGCAGCGCUCAGGAGUUCAACGAGGUCCGUGAAGCCUACCAAGCAGCGCUUAUGGAAGCUGGCCAUAGCAGUAGCGCUGCGGGUAGCACAGGGGUAGCAGCUGGGAGGAGUUCCACACGUCGAUGGAACUUGAGUGACUUCUACAAAUGGCGACGCGAACAGGUACAGCAGCAAAAGGUGGAGUGGGAGAAGGAUGCUGAUUUCCGUCAGCAGCAUUGGUGGACCUCAGCCGAGCAGCGACGGCAGCAAAAGCAACAAGCGCAGACCAUGGACGAGGAGCAAGUGCGCGUACAGGCGGCAGGGCGCGCUCGGUCGCCUCGGAGCGGAGCCCGGAACGCGCAGUCGACCCAGGCAGCUGCCAGGUCCAGGACGAGAGUUCGGAGCCCUCAGGGCCGAGAGGAUGACUCCGUGCGGGAGUGGAAGGACUUCUUAUCGGGUCGUGACCAGCCCAAGCCUGAGAAGACCUCCGCCCAGCGUGCUUUGGAGCGCUCGCAGCGGAUCCGAGACCCGGUGGUGACCCACCGGUCCAUCGCCACCGCCGGAGGCGAUGUGCGCAUGCCCGUCUUCCGUGCUCCGAGCGGACGCUGCUACUACGUCUCCCCACUGACCAACCGAGAGGUCACAGUGCCACUCUAAGCGCCCAA